GAUUGGACUGCCAGCGUCUCUCCCGACACUUUCUGUGGAAUUUGAAUUAUUUCGGCACGGCACGGCACGGUUCGCGGUACGCGGGUGACGGCCUGAACGGGGCAUCUUCUGGGUCGCAGCGGUGAUCGCAGGGAGCUCAGCAAUGAAUAAGCUACGGCAGAGCUUCCGCCGGAAGAAAGACGUUUACGUGCCGGAGUCGAGUCGGCCGCACCAGUGGCAGACGGACGAGGAGGCGGUCCGCAGCGGCAAAUGCAGCUUCGCAGUCAAGUACCUGGGCCAUGUGGAGGUGGAGGAGUCCAGAGGCAUGCACAUCUGUGAGGAUGCAGUGAAGCGGCUGAAGACGGACAGGAAAUUCUUCAAAGGAUUCUUUGCAAAAGCUGGGAAGAAGCCUGUGCGAGCCGUGCUGUGGGUGUCGGCAGACGGUCUUCGCGUUGUAGACGACAAAACAAAGGACCUGAUUCUGGACCAGACAAUAGAGAAAGUGUCGUUCUGCGCUCCGGACAGGAACUUUGAGAGGGCGUUCUCGUACAUCUGCAGGGAUGGCACCACGCGACGCUGGAUCUGCCACUGCUUCAUGGCCAUUAAAGACUCAGGAGAGCGUCUCAGUCACGCUGUCGGAUGUGCAUUCGCCGCCUGUCUGGAGCGAAAGCAGAAGCGGGAGAAGGAGUGCGGGGUCACGGCAACCUUCGACGCCAACAGAACCACGUUCACCCGCGAGGGCUCGUUUCGCGUCACUACGGCAACAGAGGCGGCAGAGCGGGAGGAAGUAAUGAGGCAGCUACAGGAUGCUAAAAAAGCAGAGACAGAUGUGAAGGUUGCUGGGAACUCGGCCACCAGUGUGACAAACGCCUCGGCGCACCAGACGGGAGGCUCGCCGUCCCCGUCGUCCUCCCCGCCGCUCUCGGUGGGCACGCUGGGUCCUCAGGCGAUUCCCCGCAGACACGCGCCGGCCGAGGCGCUGGCCAGGCAGGGCUCCUUCAGAGGCUUCCCGGCCCUCAGCCAGAAGACGUCUCCCUUCAAACGACAGCUGUCACUGCGCAUGAACGAGCUGCCCUCCACCAUGCAGCGCAAGUCUGACUUCCCCAUGAAAAACACAGUCCCGGAGGUAGAAGGAGAAAGCGACAGCAUCAGCUCGCUGUGCACUCAGAUCGCCACAGCUUUCAGCGGACCCCCGGAGGACCCCUUCUCCUCAGCUCCAAUGCACAAACCAGCUUCCUCGCCGCAGUCUCCUGUAGCUCCAGUGAAUGGCACAACUCCCGCCUUCUCUGUCACUGCUGCUGCUGCUGCUGCCGCCGCUGCUGUUGUUGCCCCCGCUAACCCCCCAGUUCUGCCCCCUGCUCUGCCUGCUCGAGACACUAACCCCUGGGCUAAGAACCCAGCAGGGGCCCCGGCCUCAGCACAUCCAGGAGGUGAGUGGUCGUCUCCCACCCCGGUGAUAGUCGUCCCCCCGUCGUCCUCCCCAGUUUUGCCGUCUCACAAGCGCACACCAUCAGAAGCAGACCGGUGGUUAGAAGAAGUCACCAAGUCAGUCCGGGCCCCUCAGCCCAACCCCAUCAUGGCAGCAGCUACGCCCCCUCCCCAGCCAUUUGCCGCCCCGGUGCCGAUGCCCGUGGCCGCCGUUCCCUCGGUUGCCCCGGUGGCCUUCAUGCCCUCUCUGCCCCCCGCCGUGCCCAUGUUGCCCCCUCGCCAGCCGGCCUUCCACGCUCAGGCUCCGGCCUCCUACCCGAUGUCCAACGGGCUGCCGUUCCCGCAGCCCAGCGUCCCCGUGUUCGGCAUCACUCCUUCGCAGAUGGUGGCCAACGUGUUCGGCUCCGCCACGCAACCCCAGGCGUUCCCCGUCGCCCCCCCGGCCUCCACGACGCCGCAGCACGACGUUCAGGCCGUCGGGAACGUCAGCCCGUUCAUGAAACCCCCGGUGGUGAACCCGGCGCCCCUCCAGCCCUCCAACGGCAGCGUGACCUUCAACGGGGCCGACGGCUGGGCUGCUCCCUCUCAGAUGGCUCCAUCCUCCCCAUCCGCCCAGCUGCCGCCGCCGCCGCAGGAAGAUGCCUUCGAGGCCCAGUGGGCGGCGCUAGAGAGCCGCUCGCGCCAACGCACCACCCCCUCGCCCACAAACCCCUUCUCCACCGAGCUGCACAAGACCUUCGAGAUCCAGCUCUGAGGACUGAGUGUGAGAUAGAAGUGCUGGACAAUAAGGACUUGGUGGAGCAGGUGGCUGAGAUGGGAACGUCCUCCUGCCUUCCUCCCUCUGUUUCAGCGGAUAAACUCAGCAGGGAGUCAGCGGGCGAAUCAGCAGGUAGCAGAACUCUGCACGGCAGUGAGAGAAGAAGAAAAAAAAACACACAACAGGUUGCUGGUAACGAGGGUGCAGCUCCCCGGGCGUUUCAUUAGCAUUGUCUGUAUUGUUUUGUUUGUGCUGUGGAGCGCCGGGUCGCCAUCACCCUGUGGAACACCGGGCCACGCCCAGCUCCCCGUCAACCCUACACCCACCCAGGCGUGGCGGCUCGGUCCGGCGCCCCCUGUUGGCAGGACACGACCUCCUUCAACCUGGCAGAGGAACUGCAGCACUGAGAGAACUCAGCUUCCACAUGAGAAGUUCUCCUUAAUAACUUCCCAGUCAUAAGAAUAGAGUGAGACAAUGCCAAAAUCUUUAUUUUUAUGCAUUAAGUAUAUUUUAAAUAGCUUUGGAAUCUAACAGAAGAGUUGUAAGUAAUCUUGCCAAAGGCACAGGCUAGCUACGAUGAAACAAGUUUAUGUUCGUGUAUACAAGAAAUGAUCGUAUAUAUUAUACAUAAAAUAUAUAUAUAUAUCUAUAAAGAAUCUAUACUGUAAACACAGCUCGCGGCAGUGCUAAUUUUUAAUGUGAUGUAAAGAGAUUUUGUGAAGGGACAGCUGCUUUACUUUUGUGUUUAUUUUUAAUUUUUUUUUUUGUUUGUUUUAUUUUUGAAGAAAAAUCUCUUUAUUGCCGUCUGUUGCAUCCUGUGAUUGGAUGUGAAGCAUCUCACUGUAAAUAGGGUAUCAUUGCAGCAACAAUCAAUAUGGACCUAGCAAUGGUGGCGGUGCCCAACUGGUUGCCUCUCUUACCUGUGCUCAGUUUUUAAUAGUUUAGUACACAUCAGUACUUAACAUUUUACUCUUCUGUCUUCACUGUCAUCCUUUUAUUUUUUUUGUGUGCGUGGUAUCGAUCUCGUUUUUUUUUUUAUUAUUAUUAUUAUUAUUAUUUUAUUUGACCACAGUAGAAUGUGUCAUCUCCUGUUUCUCCACCUCUUUUUUUUUUUUUUUAAAGUAGUUGAUUUUAAUUUUUUAAAAUUUUGCACAAGCACUAAAAGUAGAUGAUUUGACCUCACAGGUGACCUUGAUCAACUUGGGUUUCAGUCAGUUGUGGUGCUGCAGUAGCCGAGACGCUGACCUGCCCUGACCUCCGUUAGCCUGCUGUGGUUCUGAUGGGCAGCAGAAAAAAAAACUGCAGGGAGAUUUAAAAAAAACAACAAUAAAAAAAACAAAAACGGUUUCAUCUCUCACUGUCUGAUUUUCUCUCUAUCAUGUUUUUAUUUUUUUAAAUCAAACCUGUGAAUAUGAUCUAUUCUCUGAUCUAUUUUUCCAUUUUGUAAUUAUUUCAUUUCUUUAUUCCACUUCUUUGGAGAAAUACUGAAGCUAAAAGAUUGAAUAAAUUCAUGGUGGUAGAGGAAUUAAA